AUACGUACAUUCCAGUCGAUUGUUGCAACGAAUGGUGCUGUCUAUUAUACAACAACACCACCAGCCCCGAUUAGUAAUAUGCCCAUUGAUCAAUUCGCCGCCACGGUCUAUCCGCCAGUUACUGAUUUUACAGCAGCAGGCGUGCCAACAAUUUACCCACCUUCAAUGCAAUAUCAACCAUUUUAUCAGUACUAUAGCGUGCCAAUGGUCAGUGCGGCGAAUGUACCCGCCAUUUGGCCACAAAACUAUCAAGGUAAUUAAAAAAAGGAUGUGCAUUUGCAUCUUGCUUUCUUAGUUGCAAUAUACAUAUGUAUGUACAGAAGUAUGUACAUAUGUAAUUGUAUACAACAUACAACAUUUUGAAACAACUAUAUUUGCCACGCCUCUACAACAGCAGCAGUAUAGACAUACAUACAU